AUGAAAGGCUCUAAAUAUCGCAUUACCAACUAUGUGUCAUCACAUAAAUUAUCAGAACCCAGCAAAGCUUUUGUACAACAAAUAUCCAAUGAUAGCACACCAAGUUCAUUGAAGGCGGCACUAUCUAAUGAUCGAUGGACCAAGGCAAUGGAGGAAAAAAUGGAUGCACUUCAGAAAAAUCAAACAUGGGAUUUAGUUCUGCUACCCCGAGGAAAGAAGAAAGUGGGAUGUCGAUGGGUGUACACCAUUAAGUACAAAGCUGAUGGGUCGAUUGAACGAUACAAAGCACGAUUAGUGGCCAAAGGAUACACUUGGACGUAUGGUGCUGGUUAUACAGAAACAUUUGCUCUUGUAGGAAAGAUUAAUACGUAUCCUGAGCAUGAGGUUGUCAAUGAAACUCUUAGGCUGAGUAAUGGUAGCCCAGGCUUGUUUCGUAAAGCAUAUCCCGGAUACACAAUACCGGCUGGGUGGACGAUUUUGCUUGUUACCCCUGCUCUUCAUUUAACUUCCGACACGUUAGGAUCAAUUGGAGUUCAAUCCAUGGCGUUGCAAGACCUUGAUUCCCUUGUUAUAUCUAAGAACUUCAUGCCGUUUGGUGACGGAUUAAGGCAAUGUGCUGGGGCUGAGUACGCCAGAGCGUUCUUGUCCACCUUUCUUCAUGUUUUGGUCACCAAAUAUAGGUAUAUUUCACCACUCCCCUCGUAUUUUGAUCUCAGCAUCUCACCAGAAGUAGCAAAUCCAGACUCUGCCUACAUGUUUUGUGACAGAGCUUAA